AUGGGUUCACCUAUGUCCCCCAUUAUGGCAAAUCUCUACACAGAAGAGGCAGAAACCAAAGCCAUAAACGUAUUCCCAGAAUUUUCACCAACUCACUGGUACAGGUGGACUUGGAUUGGAUUUUACACUGCAACUGGAAUUAAUCCAGAAUGGAUUUUUCAAGUUAUGGUUCCAGAAUUUGCCACUCAUGGCAUUUGCUUUGCUUUUAUUGAGACAAUCUACAAUGUAGGCAUGGAUAUUGAAUUUGGGGGUAUAAAGAAAUGGGCAUUUACAAUAUGGAAUAGAAUCAUUACUAGCACAGCCAAUGUAUUUCUCCUGUUUGGUGAUCUUCGCACUCUUGUGGUUUUUGACUGGUUGCUUUCUAUGGAACAAGACAGUGAGAUAACAAACAAUAUAAAGGGUAAAGUGUGGAUUUUGACUGCCCAGUUAGAGCUUAAAAACUAUGGUAAUGAAGAAGAACUGAAAGUUGCUAAGCAGGUCUACCAUGGUGCUUUAUCCUUGGCUGUCCAUUCCAACAGUGAGAUAACAAACAAUAUAAAGGGUAAAGUGUGGAUUUUGACUGCCCAGUUAGAGCUUAAAAACUAUGGUAAUGAAGAAGAACUGAAAGUUGCUAAGCAGGUCUACCAUGGUGCUUUAUCCUUGGCUGUCCAUUCCAGUGAGCUGCCAGGAUUUCAGGAAUUUAUUCAGGAUAGAAACCCUUCCAAUGCAAAAGAAGAUUAUUUCAUAAGGGACUUUUGGUCUUAUGGUUUUGGCUGCACCUUCCCCAACUGGAUUUUGAACCAUACAAACAGUGGUUUCUGCUCUGGACUAGAGAGACUGGAGAAUGUUCCUGAAAAAUAUUUUGAAAAAACCAUUACUGGACAUAGCUACAGCAUCUAUAAUGCUGUCUUUGCUGUGGCUCACGCUUUGCAUGUCAUGUAUUCAUCCCAAUUCAAACACAAAAGAAUGGUGGAGGAGGAGAGAUGUACAUUUCUGCUUGAAAAGCCAUGGGAGCUCUUCCGUUUUCUGAAACAAGUGUCUUUUAAUAAUACCAUAGGAGACAAAGUUUCUUUUGACCAGUAUGGUAUGUUUCUAACAGCAUUUGAUGUCAUGAACUGGGUUUUGUCUCCAAACAACUCUUUUACUAGAGUAAAAGUUGGAAUGAUCAAGUCUCAACAUCAAGGACAUCAAAAAGUCAUUAUGAAUGAAAAACCCAUUGUAUGGCACUAUUGGUUUAACCAGCUAAAGCUAAACUUCUCUUUUCCAGAUAUGCCUGAUUGUGUUGAGUGCGAAGAUGAACUUUAUCCAAACAAAUAUCAGAAUAUCUGCAUCCCCAAAAUUGUAACCUUUUUAUCCUAUAAAGAACCUAUGGGGAUGGGUUUAGCAACCGCAGCUCUUUUCCUUGCUCUGAUCACUGCUAUUUUGCUAAAGACAUUUGUACUAUAUCGCAAUACUCCCAUUGUCAAAGCCAAUAACCGAGACCUCACUUUCACUCUUCUCAUCUCUCUUCUGCUCUGCUUCCUUUCUACAUUGCUUUUUAUUGGGCAACCUCAGAAAGUGAUAUGUGUCCUGCAGCAAUCAGUUUUUGGCAUUGUCUUUUCAGUGGCUGUUUCUUCAGUAUUGGCCAAAACCAUCACUGUGGUUUUGGCAUUCAUGGCUACCCAACCAGGGACAAAGAGGACUAGAUGGAUGGGGAAAGGGCUGGCCAGUUCCAUUGUUAUUUCUUGUUCUCUUAUUCAAGUAGGCAUUUGUACCGUGUGGCUUUCAACUAGUCCCCCGUUUCCAGAUGCUAAUAUGCACUCAGGGAUGGGUGAAAUUACCCUGCAAUGUAAUGAGGCAUCCCCUAUCAUGUUUUACAGUGUCAUUGGGUACAUGGGUUCUUUAGCCAUUGCCAGCUUCAUAGUAGCUUUUUUUGCCAGGAAUUUACCUGAUACUUUCAAUGAAGCCAAAUUCAUCACUUUCAGCAUGUUAGUGUUCUGCAGUGUAUGGUUAUCAUUUGUUCCAACCUACCUGAGCACCAAAGGAAAAUACAUGGUUGCUGUGGAGAUUUUCUCUAUUUUAGCUUCCAGUGCUGGAUUGCUGAGUUUCAUAUUUUUCCCCAAAUGGUACAUUAUUGUUGUCAGGCCUGAACUGAACAACCGAGAGCAACUUAAAUGGAGAAACCACUGAAGAAGCUAGAAAGCUGUCUCAGCCAGCCACAUCUAUUACAUACAUUUUAUACAACAUGACAUAUAA